UACCAUAUGUCAUCAUUCAAUGAAAGUACAGCACUUGGUCAGCUUAAACAUUCUUGUAUAGAUUUUGUCAACUACAAUAAGCGACAGAUGAGCAGAAUUUAUCCCAAAGGUGGACGUGUUGAAUCCAGUAAUUAUAUGCCACAGAUAUUUUGGAAUGCUGGUUGCCAAAUGGUAUCAUUAAAUUUCCAAACAGCAGAUUUGGCUAUGCAAUUGAAUCAAGGGAAGUUUGAGUAUAAUAGCAAUUGUGGAUAUUUGUUAAAACCUGAUUUUAUGAGAAGACCAGAUCGUACAUUUGAUCCUUUUUCGGAAAGUCCUGUUGAUGGAGUUAUAGCAGCUCAUUGUUCUGUAGAGGUAAUAUCUGGUCAGUUUCUAUCUGAUAAAAAGAUUGGUACAUAUGUAGAAGUUGAUAUGUAUGGAUUACCAACAGAUACUAUACGUCGUGAGUUUCGCACCAGAGUUGUCCCUAAUAAUGGUUUGAAUCCAGUCUAUAAUGAAGAAGCAUUUGUGUUCAGAAAGGUUGUUUUACCAGAAUUGGCUGUGUUGCGUAUUGGUGUAUACGAAGAAACUGGAAAACUGAUCGGUCAGAGAAUUUUACCUUUAGAUGGGUUACAGGCUGGUUAUCGUCACAUCUCACUUCGAACAGAAGGCAAUUUCCCAUUAUCAUUACCAACAGUUUUUUGCAGAAUAAUAUUGAAAACCUAUGUACCUGAAGGCUUUGGUGAUUUUGUGGAUGCAUUGUCAGCCCCAAUACAAUUCUUAUCGAUGGCUGAAAAACGUGAAAAACAGAUGAGAGAUAUGGGUAUUGAUGAAACUGAUAUAGAUGAUGUACCAGUUGUAGCAAAAUCCAACAAAACACCAGUACAGUCACAAUCUUCAAAUGGACAACUGUCAACAAAUUCUACACCUCCAAGUGUGCUUCCAGACACUGCUAAUGUGCCAAAGAAAGAUGACAAGAAGGGUGAGGAUCUUAAUUUUACACCAAUUUUAAGAGAGAAGCUCAAAGAUGAAAAAGUGUAUCUAAAAUUAUUAAAGAAACAACAAAAGGAAAUAGAAGUAUUGAAGAAAAAACAGCAAAAAGAAAAGGGAUGGAUACAGAAACAACAAUGUACAGUUAUUGACAAAAUGGUAGCAACUCACGAUAAAGAAAAACUUUCCACAGAAAAGACAUUAGAAAGAAAAAUAAAGAAGAAAGGUGAAGUAUUAAGUACAAUAAAAUCAGAAACAGAAGGAAGAGUGAAGAAUUUGAUUUCUGAUCAUCACUCUAAGGUAAAGGGGUUAGUUUCUGAUCAGACAAAAGAAUGGUCCGAAAUGCUAGUUCGCCAUAUACGUGAAGAGCACGAUCAGAGAUUUGAUCACAUUCGUCAACAAAAUGACCUCUUAGUACGAUUAUUAGAAGAAGCACAUUUGGAACAAUUGAAAGACUUAGAAUCUUGUCAAGACAGGGAAAAUAAAGAGUUAAAAGGAAAUCAAGCUAAACAUUCUAUGGAUUCUAGUAAAGCUGUAUUGAAUGAUAAAUCUGUUAAAUAUAAGACUGAAAGAGACAGGCGAAUCCGGGAAUUAAAUGAAAAUAAUAUGAAAAAAUUUAUCGAAGAAAGAAAAAGAUUAGCCAUGAAACAUUCUAGACAAGUGGAAAUUCUUAAAAAAAUGCAGCAAGAGCAAAUAGAAAAAGUCCAAGAAGAAAACACUGAGGUAAGAUGUUAUUUGUUAUAA